AUGACCACAAAUCACGACCACAAGUACGCGACCAACGACGCACAUCUCGGUGCAACAUCAGGAAGGGACGCGGAGACUCUUUCUGCCGGGUCAACAGCAAGAAACGAAUCAACACCAAGGAUGGCAGACAACAACACUUUGGAGAAGGAUUUCUCCCGGCAAGAUGCCUACGGAAACGGAUAUGGCAACCACCAACAUCUCGAUGCCAACACUGACUCGGAUCUUGCGCUGCGUCAUAUCCGAACAGCAGGCAGCAUUUCCAUCAGCCCUGAGCUAUUCGAGAAGCUUUACCUUUCUCCUCAGAACAAGGUUAAAGGAGAACUGCGAAACACCUUCGGUAACCCAACUCCCCUUGCACUCAUUGGAUUCUUACUGUCUCUCACACCCUUGAGCAUGACUCUAAUGGGGUGGCGAGGUGCAGGUGGUAAUGGAGCAGCAAGCACAGGCUGGUACUACUUCGCGGGCGGCUUGUUGAUGGUUCUCGGUGGUCUUGGUGAAUGGAUCCUAGGCAACACGUUUCCCUUCGUCGUCUUCACCUCAUUCGGCGGCUUCUGGCUCGGUUAUGGUGCCACACUUCAACCCUUUUACAAUUCAUAUGGGGCGUAUCGCAACCCAGCUGUGCAGAGCAGUACGGGUCUGGAAACUGUUGGCUUCAAUGUUGGUGUUGCAUACUUCCUCCUCUGUAUGGCUCUUCUCUGCUUCGUGUACCUCAUCUGCUCCAUCCGCACCAACUUGAUCUUCUUCUUGAUCUUCUUCACCCUUGUCCCCACCUUCGCUCUUCUUGCCGGCACUUUCCUCCAACUCGCCAAUGGCCGGCCCGCGCUCGCAGGCAGGCUCCAGGAAGCCGCGGGUGCUUUCGCAUUCGUUACUUGCUUGUGUGGCUGGUACAUCUUUUUGGCGAUCAUGUUGGCGAGCGUCGACUUCCCAUUUGAUCUUCCUCUUGUCGAUCUCUCGGGCGUGAUCAAGGGCGCAAGCGAGAAAAAGAAGGUUCACCAUGUCGAAUAG